ACAAGUCUGGGCGGAAUUCCUCGAAGUAAAAGAUCUGCUGUGCAGCCAUGCCAAACUAGCGAUUAAUUACCGGUAGAGAUAAAACAGUGUGUUACUCAUUUCCGAACGAGUGUCUGUUGUCUUGAGCUAGUUUGCGCAGGAUCGCCAUCGUGGCUUGAAUCACUGCGUCAAAAUCUACUUGAGGUAAUUCAGCAUGAGGAGACCUUCCGUCAAUCGACCAACAAUGUCAGCAGUAAUUUCUUGGACUACUUCCAAUCAUCGGCAAACAUCUCCCGCUUAUAGAGACCACACAGGAGGUUACUUUUUGGAAGUACUUUAUGCAACACUUCCUCACAAAUGUGAAUGAACUCCAGCAGUUCUUCCAGAACAAAAGCAUCAAGAAUUAAUGUAGCUAAACGUGCAAAGAAAGUGUUUUUGAGAUGCUGCAGACGGGCAACUACUCCUUGGUGCUCCUGAUCCAGCUCACACUGCUGGCUUUUGACCUUUUCGUCAACUCCUUCAGUGAACUGCUGAGAGGAGCGGCCGUCAUCCAACUGGUGCUCUUCAUCAUUCAGGACAUCGCCAUCUUGUUCAACGUGAUCAUCGUCCUGCUGAUGAUGUUCAACACGUACGUGUUCCAGGUGGGCCUGGUCUCUCUGCUGCUGCAGCGCUUCAGAGCUCUGCUGUUGUUCUCCACUCUCUACCUGACCCUCAGCAUCUGUCUACACAGCUGGGUGUUGAAUCUAAGAUGGAGAGUAUCUUACCGCUUUGUUUGGACGGAUGGCCUUCAAGCUCUCUUUGUGUUCCAGAGGAUAGUGGCAGUGUUGUAUUACUACUUGUACAAGCGCACAGCCGAGUACAUGGGGGACCCAAGGCUCUACGUGGACUCUAUUUGGCUGCGUGAGGCCUUUGCCAGAGCUCGACAGUAGACGCAAAAGAAAAGCACAGGAGCAGUGGAUUUUAUUUGCUAAUAAGCAAGAAAUGCGCUCCUGCUGUUAGUGAAUACAUAUGUAGCAGCUUCAAGACUCACAAAGCGCUUUGACACUAUUGUUGCCUCAUAGACAGACCACCGGGAGUAAAUGUUGGUCUGGAGUCUUGCUCAAAGACUGAAGAACAACAAGGUGAUCACAACACAAGCCCCACUUACAAAAGAGUGUUUGUUUACUAUACCCAAGCGGGCUGUUGGUUUAAAUCUUUCCACUGGCAGGUAAGACAAGGGUGGCAGCUUGUAUUAAUCAGGAUUGAGCCUGGUAAUCUACUGUACGUGGCCUUUGUACUCAACUCUUGAGUAGGAAACUGCAUAGCAAAAUAAUGUUAAGAUCCAGUCUUAUCUAUUGUAGACCUCUUUACUGACCAUCCAUCACUUCCAUACCUAUGAAAAAGCCUGGUGGCUCAUUAGGCCCUAUGGAAUGCAAGUCUUGAGUAUUUUUACAUGAUGCCAGUGAUGAUUUUAGAGUGAAUCCACUCAUCUGUCAGUGUAGAUAUUGUGAGUUGUGUUCCGGUUGUUGUUGUUUUAUUUUUUUUUAAUGUAUUUUUAUUAUCAAUUAAAUAAUCCUUCUCUAA